GUAGAAACUUGCCACGCGCGAGCAUGAUGCGGAUAAUUUGCAAGCCGGUGCUCGUGGGCGCAUCUCCAUGCAUGACUGAUUGCACGUAGAAAAUGCUCGCGAGAGGUUAUGAUGCAUAUAUUGUGAAGUGAACAGGGCAGUUGCAUACAAACUAGUAAAACUUAACGUUUCCCGACUUCUUCAUGUUCUCACAGAACUUGAAAACGGAUGUGAAUGUGACUCAAUAGGUAGUGCACAAUGCCUGGACAUCUGCGGACAGAAGUCAUCACCCUGGAGGGUAUGACAUGCCCGGUCUGCGUUAAAAUAAUAGAAGCCAGGGUAUCACAGUUAGUAGGCGUUGUAUCUAUCAAUGUGUGUCUCCAGGAAAAUACGGCAGUGGUGCAAUACGACACCAGCGAGAUCGCACUGCGUGAGAUCCUCCGUGCGGUCAUUGACUGUGGCUUCACGGCCAGGCUCAAAAGCGCUAGACCCAGCUUUGAGGACAUCACUCUCCUUAUCGGUGGCAUGAUGUGCAAUGAAUGUGUCCGCAAAGUCAAAGAUAACGUCACUGAGAUACACGGAGUGCUCCGCGUUGACGUUUCCCUCGAGGAGGGUAGGGCCAACGUUACUUUCGAGACGACUCAGACUGACCCCGUGACGAUACAGAAUGUCAUCAACGACCUCGGCUUUGUGGUAACGCUACCCAAUGCCAUACAGCCUUCAUAUGCGACCCUCUCGGUGGAAGGAAUUGCCUGUAACCUCUGCGUGGAGUCGAUCAAUCGCAUUCUGACCCGCAAGCCUGGAGUCGUGUCGGUGUCGGUGUCUCUCGAAGAGAAGAAAGCUUACGUAGAAUUUUAUCGCUACGAAAUCACGGCCGGCGACCUGUGUCGUUACGUGAACAGCACGGGGUAUGUUGCUACCCUCCUCGAAGAACAGGGCCCUCCCGAUCUAAGCUCCGUGCUUUUUGGAAUUCGCGGAAUGACGUGCGAUUCCUGCGUGAAAACCAUAGAAAAUGCGCUAUCGCGGGAGAACGGCAUCGAAGGGGUCAAAGUGUCCUUGAAGGAUGGCACAGCUGCAGUCGUCUUUGUUGCGUCGCUUCUAACGACAAAACAGAUAGAGGCAUUUAUAGAAGACAUGGGGUUCGAAUGCUGGGUUAAAGAAAAGAUUGACUUAGACAUGACUGAGGCUACGCCCUUAUUGUUGCCUUCUCCUUCGAGCACCCGGGUGUCGGAAAAACCUGCAGACGGUAAGGGGUUUUGUAAAAUGUCCUGCAGCUCUACAUUCGUGCACACUUUAAUUGCAGUUUGUAAACUCUCGCCAGCAUCGUUAAGCGCCUCACGUAUAUCGCUGAGAAACGCUGACAUUGGAGAAGAACCCUUGGCAAAGUGUUACCUUCACGUUCGAGGCAUGACCUGCGCUUCGUGUGUGUCGGCUGUGGAAAAGAACCUCCUCAAAGUGAACGGUGUAGCUCAGGCCUUGAUAGCCUUGCUAGCCGAGAAAGCGGAAGUGAAGUACAAUCCUCGGCUGGUAACGCCACAGCAGCUCGCGGAUGCGACCACGGACUUGGGUUACACUGCGACAGUUAUUGAAGAUAUUGAAUCUCAGCAAGGGGAAGCAGAGCUUAAUAUACGUGGCAUGACUUGUGCAUCUUGUGUGAGUUCUAUUGAGUCAGCAGUACUGAGGCACCAAGGAGUCAUAAAAGCGACAAUCGCUCUUGCGACGCAGAGAGGACACUUUAUGUUUGACCCUGAAAUCACUGGUCCAAGAGACAUCAUUCGAAUUAUAGAGGACAUGGGAUUUGAGGCUUUCCCAGCCUCUGUCAACAAGACAGAUGUUGACCAUCUGACACAUGCAGCAGAGAUUCAAAAAUGGAAAUGUGCAUUCCUAAUUUCACUGGUCUUUGGUGUUCCUACGAUGGUAACCAUGAUCUAUUUUAUGUCCAUUGACAUGGAGGAGGCAUGUUGCAUCAUUCCAGGACUAUCACUGGAAAAUUUACUUCUGUUUGCGUUUGCUACACCAGUUCAGUUUAUCGGAGGACGCCACUUCUACCUGCCUGCCAUCAAGUCCCUGUCCCAUGGAAUGGCUAAUAUGGAUGUCCUUGUUUCACUUGCUACCAGUGUGUCAUAUUUGUACAGUGUCUGCAUCUUAAUUUAUUUCAUAAUAAGUCAAGCAGACCAUAGCCCUAUGACUUUCUUCGACACUGUACCUAUGCUGGUGGUAUUCCUUUGCCUAGGUCGCUGGAUGGAGCAUCUUGCAAAAAGGUAUACGUCCAAUGCACUGAGUAAAUUGAUGGGGCUGCAAGCCACAGAGGCAACAUUGCUUACCUUAAAUGAGAAAGGAGAGGUGGAUUCUGAGACGUGCAUCGAUAUCAACCUUAUCCAGCGAGGUGAUAUUCUCAAGGUAAUCCCUGGAGAAAAAAUACCUGUUGAUGGACGCGUGGUCUUUGGAAUGUCGAGCGUGAAUGAGGCACAUAUAACGGGGGAAUCUCUGCCGGUAUUGAAGGAGUUGGACUCCAUGGUUCUGGCUGGCUCAAUCAACGAAAAUGGUGUACUGCAUGUCAGAGCAACCCAUGUGGGAAAGGAUACCACGUUGGCUCAAAUCGUCCGAUUAGUUGAAGAUGCUCAAACGUCAAAGGCUCCUAUACAGCAGCUAGCCGAUACAAUUGCGGGCUACUUCGUACCUGUGGUAGUUUGCCUGUCAGUAUUGACCUUGGUGGCAUGGCUUAUUGUGGGCUUCCGGAGAGCUGACCUGAUCUACACUUACUAUGGAAUGACUAGCAGAAUGUCACAGACAGAGGUGAUAGUGCAAUUUGCGUUCCAGUGUGCUCUAACAGUGCUUUCCAUUGCGUGCCCAUGUGCCCUGGGUCUCGCAACACCAACAGCCGUCAUGGUGGGCACUGGGGUUGGCGCAACAAAUGGGAUUCUUAUCAAAGGAGCUGAGCCCUUGGAGAUGAUGUGCAAGGUGAAGUGCUUUGCCUUUGACAAAACCGGGACAAUAACUCAAGGCACACCAUCUUUGGUUUAUGUGGGUCUUAUGGAGCAAAUCACAUCGGCAUCUAUUGCAAAGUUCAUGGCCAUUGUCGGCACAGCGGAGGCCAGCAGCGAGCACCCCAUCGCAAAUGCUAUUUGCAGUUUUGCGAGGCAGAUGUUUAACGCCAGUGUUUUGGGCACAUGCGAGGAAUUUGUGGCUGUAUCUGGCUUUGGACUCUCGUGCACUGUCACUGGUGUUGGUAACCUUGUGAAAGACUACACUGACAAAAUGUCGGGGCACCAAUUACCACCAGUACAAAUACAGAGUCUCUCGUUGAAGGCUGGAGUUACCAAUAAGGACGAAAAAGAUGCAGACAUAUUCAGGGUUGCCAUCGGCAACCGAGAGUGGAUGAAGCAGAAUUCUGUCGGCAUUCCUACUGCAAUAAAUGCCAUUAUGGCCGAGAAGGAGAGACUAGGUCAUACAGCAGUAUUCUGCUCUGUUGAUGGACGAGCGCUGCAGAUAUAUCAAACAGAGAAGAUGACUUCUGGGCAACAGGCACCAAGACCAGUCUCUCUUCGAAAUAUCGAUGGCUGUUGUCCUGAGGCACCUCCCUUCACAUUUCCUUUCCAGUUUGCUGGAUUUUCUAUCCUUCUACAAACAGCAACAGGUUUUGUUUCAUUGGGAUUUAUCCACUUGGGGUUUAUGCAAAGUUCCCUUUUAGGAGCACUUGCAGUAUCGGAUACGUUGAAACCUGAAGCAAUAGCCACGGUGCAAUCAUUACAGCAAAUGGGUUUCAAGCUUGUCUUACUGACAGGUGACAACAGGCAGACUGCUCAGGCAAUUGGCAAACAGGUUGGAAUUGGAGAGAUCUUUGCAGAAGUCUUACCGUCGCACAAGGCAGAUAAAAUACAGGAGCUGCAAAAAGGAGGCCAGAGGGUGGCAAUGGUUGGAGACGGAAUCAACGAUUCCCCUGCACUAGUCCGUGCAGAUGUGGGCAUUGCCUUCUCAAAUGGGACAGAUGUGGCAGUUGAGUCUGCGGACCUAGUGCUGAUCUGGAACAAUCUGUACGAUGUUGUGGCUGCCGUGGACCUGUCGCGAAAGACUGUCAGGAGGAUAAGGAUAAAUUUCUUUCUUGCGAGCGUCUAUAACUUGAUAGGAAUACCACUGGCUGCAGGUGUGUUCAUGCCUCUGGGAGUCGCCCUCAUGCCCUGGAUGGGGGCCGCUGCAAUGGCACUUUCCUCUGUUUCUGUGGUGACCUCUUCCCUGCUGCUCUACCUGUACAAAAAGCCAUCCCCGAGAGUUGGAGACCAGCUGCCACGGCAUGAAGGUCCCCAGCAGUCACUGGAAGGAGUAGCUGUGCUCCCACGUGAAAACGUCUGCAAAACAGAUAUGCCUGUUGUGGCAAACAUUUCCGGAUCCCCAUUGCGAGACUCGAUUUUAUUGGAUGCAUGCGUUCAGGAAGAAUUGGAAGGGAUCUCUAAAGUUGGCGCGAAUGUCAUAGUGUGACCGUAAGGCUCACAUUCUAGUCAGGCACGCAUGUUUUUCAUCUGGUCAUUACGCAUUAAUCUCUUCGCAAAGAAUGGACAAAAAAAGCAUGCAGGGUCUGUGAGACAAGCUGUUGCUACUUCUCACGAACAUAGUCAUAUCGCGUACGUGAUGUACAGGGUUAGGAAUAUGUUUCCAAUGCAAAGCUACUAUAUAAUAGUGUGGGAUUGUGUGGGUGUAAUAUAAUGGUGUUGGGUAUUUUGUACUUUGUAUAGUAGGCCACAGAGCCUCCAGAUUAUUUUGAUAUUUAUAGUAAAGUCUUAUUGCACAA